GUGAGGAGAAGUUCCUUUUAGGUUCAUACAGAGAAUCUGUGGACAUUUGGAAAAGGUCUCUUUGUGAAGUCAAGGCAAAAGGAGGAAAGAGAGCAUCUUAUCUUCAGAGUAGAUACUAUCUUGCGAUAUUAUUUUGCCACCUCUAUCAAUAUAACUUGCGUGAGGCUCAGGGACUCUGUGAUCAUCUGGUAGGAGAAAUUCUAAGGAGAUCACAGCUCUCAGUGAGUCAGAUGGAAAAAUUUUCUGAUACCAAGUAUUUUCAUCAUGAACUAUGGAUGGUGACAGAUAUUCACACUGAAACUGCUAUGGCUGUGGUUCGAUCCAUGGCACGAUUCAUGGCUGCCUAUUUCACAAAUCAGCUGCUCUAUGUCUUUCCCCCACACAAUGUUGACAUCCUGCAUCCGCUUCACAUCAAACAAGACUUACCUCCUCGUAUUAUUCCACUGCAACACUGUUUGGUUACUAGAGCUGUCAGGGAUCAGAACCUUUCAUCUGUGUGGACAGCUGAAUAUGCUCUUGAUUUGUUCUUCAUUGGUGGACUCAUUCCAGAGGCUGUGUGGUUAACACACAGACUUGGGGACUGGAAACUGUCUGUUUCAAUUGGUAUAGCUUACCAGCUGUAUUGUCAGAACUCCAGUGAAUUCUCAAGGUCUUAUCCCCCAGAGCCUCCCCUGCCAUUAAGCUUAUCACCAAUGCAGACGUUUCAGGAAAAGUUACAGUCUUUGUUAGGACAGCCAGCUACUUCUGAAACAUCAGGAUGUAUUAAAUACAAGCAGUUUACAGAUCCCAUUGAAGAGGAAGAUGCAGAUGUUCUUUAUAAUUCAAUACAGGAACUACUGAAAGCAGCUGUUAUGGCAAAUGCUGAUAUCCUCUCAGAGACAUUUCAGCUUUUGAUGGAUUCUGCCAAGGAUCUCAGCAGAAAAUUGUAUGGCUUAAUUCCAGAUGGGCUUUAUCUUCCAGCACCACCGUUAUACUGUCCUCAGCCAGCUGCUCUCAGCAAAGAAGACUGCAAUGACAUUCUUUUAAAAAUUGAGAGAGAAGGUCGUCAGAAGGUGUCAGGAGUUCUCCAGCGAAUUAUCUUGCUCUUCCGGGCUGCUCGUUGCUCCUGCCCUGCAGCACAGUGGUAUAUUGCACAGCUGAAGUGGGCAAGAAAAGUGAUGCAAAAAAUUCGUGUGAAAGGGUCUCUGCCUUCACUGAGUCCAUUCCCAGAGACUUUGCUCCGUUACUGCAGCUUCCGCACUGUUUUCCACAGAUCUACAUCUUCUGGGGACCAUCAGUUUGAUGAUGUUACUUGUAAAAUUUUAGGUUGGUUCAGAGAGCUAUGUGCAUUGUGUUGGAUGUUUCAUGUGCGUGAAAGGUUAUCUGACAACUGUAGGAGGUACCAAACAGCAAGAGAAAAUAUUAACAAUUGUGAGGAUCUGAAGAAGAAAGGGCAUGAUGCCUCCACAGUUGAGCAUUGUCUGAAUGCAGUGGAGUGGGCUUGUCGAAUGCUUCCUUUCUGCAGGUUCAUGAAUGUUGAAGAAUUAGUUCAAGACAUAAUUUUGAGUCUGCUUGGAGAGUUGCCACCAGUGAAAAAGGUGGCAGAGAUUUUUGUAAAAGCAUUUCCUAAUCCUGAAGACGUAAGAGUUCCACUAAGAGAUAAAUAUCAUGGACUUCAGCAGCGACUCAGACAUAGUAUCAUUAAAGUGGGUCCUGAAAGUGAAGAAAUGAUGUCUGUUGUUAUACAGAGUACAGAAGAAGUGAGACUGAAGGCUUUAAGACGUGUAAUAAGGAACAUAGGCCCCAUCGAAAUUAAUAUUUGGGAGCCAGCAGAAGAUGGAGCAGCAGAUGAUGAGGAACACUGUUAUGAUAGAUUCUCAUUAGGCACUAGUCUAAGCAGAAGCACACUUACUGAUGUUGGAAAUCCUCACAUGUAUAGUGACACUGACACAGCAGAUACACUUUCUGAUGCUUUAUUUACUGAAGAAAUGAGGACUCAAACACCUUCAUUCCAAAGGGGUAACGAAUGUCAGAGACAAGGAGAAACAGUCAGGAAAAGUACCACACUCACGGUGAAAGCUGUUAACGGGAAAACGAAGCAUAAAGACAAAGCCUGUGGAAAAGACAGGCAUAAUCAAUCUCAUUUGCCCAUAGUUGGUGCAUGGGAAUUUGAACGUGAUGAUGAUGAAUACGUUAUUUUUUUAGAACUCUUUUUGAGUUACAUUCUUGAGAGAGACCUGGUAAAGUACAGUGAUGUUGGAAUUCCAUUUCUUACUAGCUUUUCUGGACUUCUUCAAGACCAUGAAUUAAACUCUCUCUUUUUUGAUGUUCAUACAACACUGAAACGCCGGCAAGGCAAAACUAGAAGCCAAAGAGUGUUCAGAGCAGGAUCUUGCUAUACUGUCACACUGGCUUCUUGUGAUCCAGAAAGAGGGCCCAUCUGUAAUGAAAGCCAAAACAUUUUAGAAAAUCCAGCCAUUGUACAGACAACAGAACCUGCUGUGCGUAACCUAUUGAAAGGACUGAAUGAAGGACUGUUUGGUUUAAAACACAAGUCAAUUUACAGACCUCAGAGUGACAGUCAGGGAGUCACUGUUGGAUCAGCAAGCCAGACCUUUCCUAACCAUCUUUUCUCUAGCCUACAAAGUCAGGAAGCUUCUCAAUACAUUUACAAAACUGUUGAUACAGUUGAUACUCUACCAGGAGAAGAACUAACUAUAAAAUUGGUGGGUACGUUGAACAAUAUUGCAAAAUUGCUUGAGUGGAUGGUCAGAUGGUCUGAUAAAAGACUUCUCUGUGGUUCCAAUAAGCAAGACUCCUUAGAAGAGUUUACCCCAAUGAUACAUGUUAAAACAUCAGCAGCUGCUGUCCUUACUUCUUUCUGGCUAUUAGAACAGUUACACAGAGAUGGAUCUCAAGAAAAGACCAUAAAAUUUCAGAGUCCAGAUAAUCAAUAUCCAAAAGAAUUUCCAGCUCUAUCAGAAGUCCGGUCUAGGACAGAAGAUGUAAGUAGUAUGAAUGAAGGUUCUUCCAUACUGGACAGUCCUUCUCCUGGUGACCAGAGUAUUCAAGCCUAUGAUGACCUUCAUGAAAGCAGUUUGGGAGUGUCUACAAAUUCAAAAAAUGUUGAUAAGGAAAUUAAUCAUGGGAAUUAUUCUGUACCUCAUGUGACUGAAGAUCUUAGUGAAGUGGGACCAUUUGUUCAGGAGUUAGAUGUGGCAUCAGAAAGAGAGCUCUUUGAGGAGCCUUAUGAAACUCCAAAGAGUUCCAGUAGCUCUGUAAAGAUCAAACCUGUAGAACAUCAAAGGAGAAAGCAGGUCUCCAUUUCAGAUAUAGAUAGUCCCCAGGAAGAUCAAAAGGCAGAAAAAGCAAAGGAAGAAAAUGCUGAACAGAAUGUCAUGCCUGAGGUUGUUACUAGCACCAUUUCUCACUCAUUCUCUUUAGAACAAGAUGCAGAAGUUCCCAGUAAUGCAGAUAUUUCUGUGAGUGAUGGUCAGCCUUCUCAGACUGCUGUGUCUGCUAGGUCAAGUGUUGCCUCCAACACUUCAAUUUCUGCAAAAAAUCAAGGACUCAUGGAGGAAGUCCCUACACAAGAGAAAUUAAGCACAUCAGAAACUGUCGGACAGAUGCUCCAAGAGGAAAUGUUUAAAUUAGUUCAGCUACAGCAAAUCAACUUCAUGAGUUUAAUGCAAAUAGUGCAGUCAUCCUUUGUCAACCUGCCAAAUGUGCAACAAAUUUUGCAACAGCAUCAAGCUGUUGACCUGGGAGGCAGCCAGCGUGCACGCACUGCUGAAGGCAAGGGCUCCCUGAAAACACAACUGCCCAGUGAAGAAGUUGAAGGAAAACCUGGUCAAAAGAGCUCACAAUCCGAAAGCAACAACGGCAAUAUAAAAAAUCACCUGGAUGUGAGUGUUUCCUUAAGCUUAUUAGAAAGCCACAGUGAAGAAACAGGAUUUAUGCCACCAUCUCAAGAUUUGCCUUCUUUGGUGCCUACUAAACAACUUCAUCUCCUAGCUCCUUCCUCAGACCUCCAGAAAACACCAAAGCUUAUCCCUAUUAAAAAAAGUCUGAAUUACUCAAAUGGAUUUCCUUUGCUUAAGCUUGAAUCAGGUUGUCGUGUCAAACUGGCAUCUUUACAUCCAAUAGAAAUGCCAUCAGCCAAACCACCUGUGGUACCACGAGUGGCUUGGAGCUUGUCAGAUUCCACAAGGAACCAUCAGUCAUCUUACUCACCAAGAAAGAGUGAGUCAGAAGAACAUUUGAACAUGAGUAGAUGUGACCCUGAGGUCCCAAGGCAAAUGCAUAAGGAAGAGAAAAGAUGGGCAGAAGGAGUGCAUAAUGGACCUCCCAAACACUUGAAUCUACAUCAGUAUGAAGAACAGCAAGAAGUUUCACCUUGGCAGCAGUUCACUGCGGAUGUGAAUAUGGACAGAGCACUGAUCACUCAGAACCCUGUUGGUAUUCCACUGUUGCACUUGCAGCUUGACCCAGUACCUAGACCUCCACCAGUUGUAAGACAGCCGAUCACCACUACUUUAAUACCUCUUAAACCUGCAACAAAAGAAUCUGACUGCAGAGAAGCACUGCAGCACACAGGAAUGUCACUACUCCAUGCUAAUUUACCUCAAAAAAAGAAGGCACCAAAACUCAUUCCACUUCAAGAUCUCAUUGCAUUUGAGCAACACCACCAGCAUCAUACCAUGCCCGGUACUUCCUUUGGACAAGAUCAGACUGAACCUAUCCAGUUACUAAGAACUGACGUUGAACCAUUUGAACUAAGAGAUGUGCAGAAUAAUGUAAAAAGGCAAAAGAGACGUGAUCAGAAAGAAAUGAAACAGGAGGAAAAGAAGAAACAAAGUGUGUCCUUCUGCCCAGAUGACUCUGUCAUCUGUAUUAGUGAUACAAUGAUGGCUGUUGAAUCAGUGACUGGGGAUCAACAAGCAAAACGUACCUCUCACCUUCAAGAUUGCUUUUUCAUUUCAAUGGACACAAUGGGGGAAGCAACUACUACUUCAGCAGAUCUACAUUACAUGGCAUCUGUGGGAAAAAAGACAGCAGAAACUCAGGAUGCAAGUACAAAUACUCACUCAGAAUCAUCUAGUGCCCCUGAGAUACUAGCCCCAGACAUGUAUUUAGACCUGAGAUUUCCCACUGAAGUGAGUGAGAGACCUUUGUCAUCCUUUCUGUCAGACGCACCUGAUUCGAGUGAACAUGAAUAUAUCAGCGUGAUUGACAUUGAAGGCAGUGACAUCCUUAACAAUUUGCCCAUGAUACCCGAGUCCGAAGAAGAGUUAGUUACUGCAGAGCAAAAUGAGAAGUUUGAAAUUCCAUCUGCUGCGAAACUUCAUCGCAUGGCAGCUUCUGUUUCUAAUGCAAUUCCACCUGAGGCACUUCAGAAGAAAGAUGAUCAUCUGGAAAGUAUAUCAAGCCAGGUGCAAAAGGAAGAUAAGAAGUUGGAUUCUGAUGGAGACAGAGUAACUUGGAACAUAGUGCAUGACAGAACUUUUCCUUCUUCAGGGCUUUCAUCCAAAGUAAUUGACACAGAAUACUUCUCCCUAACACAGCAGAAAAUGGACAUGCAAUUAGAGAAACUACAGAAAAUAACAGAAGAUGUGGAGAAGGAUUUCAGAAAUACCAAAUUG